AUAACUUGCAAGAUCAUCAAACACCUCAAGGGAGACUCCAAGAUCGUUCCAACGCCUCCACAAAACAACCCAAAACAAACCGAAAACACACACACAUUCACAUCAAUAUGCCCGCUUCGUACAAGGUCGCCGAUAUCUCCCUUGCCGCUUUCGGCCGCAAGGAGAUUGACAUUGCUGAGCAUGAGAUGCCUGGUCUCUUGGCCAUCCGAGAGAGGUACGGACCUGAGCAGCCCCUCAAGGGUGCCAGGAUUGCCGGAUGUCUCCACAUGACCAUCCAGACCGCCGUCCUCAUCGAGACCCUUACCCACCUCGGUGCCCAGGUCACCUGGUCGUCGUGCAACAUCUUCUCCACCCAGGACCACGCCGCCGCUGCCAUCGCUGCUACCGGUGUCCCUGUCUUUGCCUGGAAGGGUGAGACCGAGGAGGAGUACACCUGGUGCAUCGAGCAACAGUUGACUGCUUUCCCCGACGGUCAAGCCCCCAACAUGCUCUUGGAUGACGGUGGUGACCUCACCUCGCUCGUUCACGAGAAGCACCCCGAGAUGCUCAAGGAGAUCAAGGGUGUCUCGGAGGAGACCACUACCGGAGUUCACCACCUGUACAAGGCUUUCAGGGAGGGACGACUCAAGAUUCCCGCCAUCAACGUCAACGACUCGGUCACCAAGAGCAAGUUCGACAACUACUACGGUUGUCGGGAGUCUUUGGUCGAUGGAAUCAAGAGGGCCACCGAUGUCAUGCUCGCCGGAAAGGUUGCUGUCGUCGCUGGAUUCGGAGACGUCGGCAAGGGUUGCGCCGAGUCGCUCCGAUCGUAUGGUUCGCGAGUCAUCGUGACCGAGAUCGACCCUAUCAACGCCUUGCAGGCCGCUAUGGCUGGAUACGAGGUCACUACUAUGGAGGAGGCCGCCCCCAAGGCUAACAUCUUCGUCACCACCACGGGAUGCCGAGACAUCAUCACCGGCGACCACUUCAGCGUGAUGCAGGAGGACGCCAUUGUCUGCAACAUCGGUCACUUCGACAUCGAGAUCGACGUCGCUUGGUUGAAGCAGAACGCUCAAAGCGUUUCCAACAUCAAGCCUCAGGUCGACCGAUACACCAUGCCCUCAGGCAAGCACAUCAUCUUGCUCGCCGAGGGACGACUGGUCAACUUGGGAUGCGCCACCGGACACCCUUCGUUUGUCAUGUCGUGUUCGUUCGCCAACCAGACCUUGGCCCAGAUCGCGCUCUGGACCAACAACGCCGCCUACCCCGUCGGUGUGCACAUUCUCCCCAAGGCUUUGGAUGAGGAAGUCGCCAGGUCCCACUUGGGAGCCCUCAACAUCAAGCUCACCGAGCUGUCGACUGUUCAGGCCGACUACCUCGGUCUGCCUUCGGCCGGUCCUUACAAGCCCGACCACUACCGAUACUAAUCGGCUUAACGACAUGGCCUCUGACCAUUCUAUGCGGUCGAGCAUGAGAUUUCCGGCGCUUCCACUGCGUCUUAUACAAAAGAUAGUCAAAUACACAAAAGAACUCUGCCUAACGAUCCCUGUUGUUACGACCCGACGAUGUUGAACCGUUCGCUUCAUGCUUCUGGGACUUGUCACUGUGUUCAUCCAUAGAAGUUAUAUUCAUUAUGAAUGUCAUCGAUCUUGACCGCCCUG